GGACGCUGACACCGACGUCGUCCUCCCCGCAGGCCGCAGGUCGGCAGGCGGUCGCCUCCAGGGUCCAGGCUCUCUCCCGCUCACGGCAGCGCCGUCCUUCGACACCCCCCUCCCCGCUCUAGUUCUGGCCUGCUGAGGACUGGAGGUCCAUCCAUCCGGACUUUGUUGAUUUCUUCUGUUGGUAAUGAAACCUAAUCUGCUCCGACUCUAAGAGGAGUGAGUUCCGAGCAAUCACACCGAAAUCUUCCUUCAUCCCCUCCAUUGAUCCCCUCACAAGUGCUUUACCUUCCCGAGUGGUGGCGUCUUAAUCUGAUGCACCCACGUAUGGUUCCGUCUGAUUUCCUCUUAGUCAUUUCCCCCCCUCCUUUCAUAACUUAUUGAUCAGCGCGCGCAAGAUCGACCUCGGUCGAUGCCGUAGGGAUUGAGACACAAUGUGUGGGUUAGGAAGCUUGUUUUCCAAGAGAUAGGGAUUCAACUGAAUCUCCACGCCGCGCUGCAGCAUUGUGGUGUUCAGCUCAAAAUGAAAGGAGUGCUUCCGAUUAAGGGGGCAUCAGGCCGUGAAAAGAAAGCGCCUAAGGAGCUCGAGAGCGUCUUGAACCGAUAUUUCGGGUAUUCGGGAUUUCGAGGAAAACAACUCGAAGCUAUAGAAGCUGUUCUAUCAGGGAGAGAUUGCUUUUGUUUGAUGCCAACUGGUGGUGGAAAGUCCAUGUGCUAUCAGAUUCCAGCUCUGGUGAAAACAGGCAUUGUUCUUGUCAUUUCACCCUUGAUAGCACUGAUGGAGAACCAGGUUGCCAGCUUGAAAAAUAAAGGGGUUCCAGCUGAAUUUCUCUCUUCAACACAGGCAUCUCACACUAAACAAAGGAUACAUGAAGACCUUGAUACUGGUAAUCCUUCUUUAAAGUUGCUAUAUGUGACUCCUGAACUUGUUGCAACAUCAAGCUUUAUGGCAAAGCUAAAGAAGCUAUACAACAGAGGUCUUCUUGGUCUUGUUGCAAUUGAUGAGGCUCACUGUAUUUCAAGUUGGGGCCACGAUUUCAGUGUUGUUUGCAUGAAAUGCAGACCUAGCUACCGAAAACUUUCAUCAUUGAGGAAGCAGUUCCCAGAUAUCCCUUUGUUAGCUUUAACUGCAACUGCUGUACCGAAGGUCCAGAAAGAUGUGGUAUCAUCAUUGUGCUUGCAAAAUCCAGUAAUUCUUAGAGCUUCAUUUAAUCGACCCAAUAUAUUCUAUGAAGGUCAAAAGCUACCACAACCUUGGAAGAGGCUUUGGAAAUCUUGGGCUCCCCCUAAGUGCAAGUUUUUCUUAUGGUUGGCCAUUCGGAAUAAAUGUUGGACUUCAGAUAGAUUGGAGAUGAGAGGUCUGGACCACCCAGUGUCUUGCCUAUUCUGUGAUCAAGAGCAGGAAACCAUACAACAUAUUUUGUGUUCAUGUGUAUUUGCAAGACAGUUCUGGCAUUCCAUUCUAUUUGGAUUGAAUGUUGGUAAUCUCUCUCCCUCAAGAGAUGAGAUCUCCUUUGCUGAUUGGUGGCGAAAAACAAUUCGUUACAAGGAUCUUCUUGAUGAUGUUUACUCUGAUAUAUCAAAUUUGCUGAAAUCAAGCGGGAAUGUUUGCUCAAUUAUAUAUUGCCUUGAACGGGCAGCUUGUGAUGAUCUAAGCAUGCAUUUGUCACAGCAGGGUGUCUCUUGUGCUGCUUAUCAUGCUGGCCUAAAUAGUAAAGUGCGAAGUUCUGUUCUCGAUGACUGGCUUUCAUCGAGAACUCAAGUUGUUGUUGCAACUGUAGCAUUUGGGAUGGGUAUUGAUAGACAAGAUGUCCGUAUUGUUUGCCACUUCAACUUGCCUAAGUCAAUGGAAUCCUUCUACCAGGAGUCAGGUCGAGCUGGUCGUGAUCAACGACCUUCAAGGAGUGUUUUGUAUUACGGAUUAGAUGACCGGAGGAGAAUGGAAUUCAUUUUGAGAAACCCCAAAACUAAGAAAUCACAGCCGUCUUCCUCUUCAAAUGAGCUUUCUGAGAAGGCUCUAGCUGACUUCAGUCAGAUUAUUGACUACUGUGAAAUUUCUAGCUGCCGGCGGAAAAAGAUCAUUGAGAGCUUUGGAGAGAAAGUACAACCAACUUUAUGCCAACGCUCAUGCGAUGCUUGCAAACACCCAAAUUUAGUGUUGUCUCGUCUGGAGGAACUCCGUCGUGUGCCCAACUGUCGCUUUAAUAAGAUCUCUCCAGUGUUUCAAAGCUCAGUUAAAGAAGCACACUUGGACACAGAAUUCUGGAAUCGUGAAGAUGAGGCGAGCUUAUCAGCUGAAGACAUAUCUGAUUCUGAUGAUGGGAAUGAGGUAGUGAGUAAUAUAGCCAUUUCAAAGGUUCCGGCAAAAGCUGGUCUGGAUGCAAAAUUUAAAGCACUGGAGCGUGCUGAAAAUGCUUAUUACCAAGGCAAAGGUCAGGCGAAGCAGCAGGGUGGCGGCCUUGCUGACAAGAAAAGCAUCUCUGAGACGCUAAGAGAUGCAUGCCGAAAAAGAUUGUUGGAUGCUCUUGGACAAGCAAAGUUGCGACUCGGGAAUAUUCCGUGCGGAGACGAGGCUUCUGCUACACACCUUGAAACAGAGUGCUUCAAAAAAUAUGUGAAGGCGGGCAAGACGUUCUACAACUCACAGAUAGCCGCCACAGUUCGGUGGCUGUCAUCUGCAACACUCAGUCAGAUGCGUGACCGCCUCGACACUCUUAUCGACCGAACCAAAGAUGAUGGUGCGUCAGGCUGCCCCGACAUUGUCCCAGAGUCACCUCCAGCAUCUCCUGAAAUCGUCGUCGGCGCAAGGUCAGGAGAAACCAGUAACGACAAACCGCAGCAUAUUUGUGAGUUGAAGAGUUCAGAUGAGUCUGCAAAGGGUGCUGCAUCAUCGACUGGGAACAUGGUGCUCCCCGCCAUACCGACGUUCAGAGAAUUCUUGAGCCAAAAAGGAAGGGAUCGGGCGAAGUGCUAUUCAAAUUCUAAUGCGACGAACCAGCCAUCUGGUAUUCGUAGGAAGUUUAGUGGUCACCUUGAUAAGGAAGAAGCCAGCAAGAGGAUGAAAUCAUGAAUAUCUGUCGGGCAACUUGAUUUUUUUUCUGCCUUUUCGUUGUCACUAAUCAAACAUUGCAAAUCUACGUUGUAGUGAAACGUUCCUGAAUCAGAAUCUCCAUGAUGAUUUUCUUAUUA